AUGUUGUCUCUGUACCGCGCAUGGCUUGGGCCGAGUCCGUGCGUUGCGAGGCCCGCUCCACCGCCCGGAGCCCAUAGACCUGUACCGCGACGAGCUCGAGCACCAUCACCAUCUGUAUCACCACCACCACCGUCCCCUUCGUCAACGACCUCUAGUGAACUUGACGUGGAACGUAUAGAAGCUCCUGAACCACCAAAGCGUGAAACCAACACUGUCUUUGACAUCGCCUCUUGUGACGGGCCUGUGCGGUUUAGUCGGGUUCUUAACGUUGCUUGGCGCGAAAAUUCUCCGGAACGCAACUGGCCUUGCAGGCAUCGUAAAUCCCAGACCAGAACUACUCUACACUACUACCCUUGUAAAACUUGCGGUUCCAAGUUUCCUUCAUAUUAUUUUGUGCACAAACAUCGCAAGAGCUGCCAUGCCGAGGAAAGUGCUUCGGAACCGAACGUGCCGGAGCAAGAACCGGAACCUUCAACAUCUAAAGCCAAGUGA